GAGCUUCAUCUCCCACCCAGAAGGUUUCUUCAUUUCAACAGUUCAGAGGCGCAGCAGCUGAUCCCGGGACCCGGGGCACCUUCCCACGUGCUCCUCGUGGGAACUUCACGCCAACACGCACGACUCUGCUCUACCUCCGCACGUGACACGGCCGUAUCCGGGGAGCGUUACUGUGACAUCUUGUCUGCAGCGGGUGUGGAUCAGUUAACGGGACCGGAUAACGGGACCGGAUAACGGGACUCCGCCGCCAUGCUCCGGCUGUCGCUCGUGUUUCUGGCCGCCGUCGUGGCUUCUGGUCUCGGGCUCCGCGGGCCCCACGUCUCCGGGGCGGCCGGGCCCUGCCUCGCCCCGCUGCAGUGGGAGGGCCGGUGGGUGCGGUACGACCACAGCACCGGGAGGAACAACCGCGCCUCGGUUUCCUACGACGGCCUGAACCAGAGGGUUCGAGUCCUGCAGCAGCUGAAGAAACACAGCCCGUGUCAGAGGUUUUUUGAGUACAUCUACCUGUACCAGAGCAUGGUGAUGUUCCAGAUUGACCAGAAGACCAAAGACUGCUCUAAGAUCGCACUGACGGAGAGCUGGGAUCCCUUCGACAUCCCUGACAACUCCACGUAUGAGGACCAGUACUUCAUCGGAGGCCCUGGGGACAGCGUGGAGGUUCAGGAGUGGUCGGACAGGAAGCCGGCACGCAAACAUGAGAGCUGGGUGGGCGUCUACACCUUGAAGGACUGUUAUCCCGUGCAGGAGACCUACGCCAAGAACAGCAGCGUCACCACCUCUACCCGCUUCUUCAACCUCCAGCUGGGCAUCAGCGACCCCGACGUCUUCACCCCACCCAGCACCUGUCAGUCAGCUCGGCCCGAGGGGAUGACCGAGACCGCUGAUGAGGUCCUAGAAACUGGACGCUCAAAUAAAAUUGCAUUAGGUUAAUUCAUAGCAAGAAGGGAGUGGUUUCGCACCCAGCCUCUGUCCAGUGUUUUACAGAAUUGCUUGUUAAUUUGUUAAAAUUGUUAUUAGGGCCGAUAAUCAUGCUAACUGCAACCUAACACACAGAUAAAACUAUCAGCUGAUUAUAAUAAGCGUUUGCACAUGCGGAUGGAUGGGGUCAUUAACGUGUUGAUGAGACAUUAAUGUGAGGAAGAGAAGCUGCAUAUGUCAUGUGUCCCUCCACAAUCCAGACCUAUAGCAACAUAAAUAAGAGCUGGACAAAGACUGACCUGAACCCGUCCAACUAUAAGCUUCAUCAAAAGGAAGGUUUGAAGUCAACUCUUAAAAGUAGAGAGGGUGAAACUGGGAGAUGAUUCCACAGAAAAGCAUUAUUGUGAUUAGGCUUUAAAAUGAAUGUAUGUAGUCUUGAGUCCUGCUUGUAUGUGUUUUGGGGGGAAGUUGUAUUUAUUCAGUUACUGUUACAAGUACAAAACCAACACUGAACUAAUAACUGUACAUGUAAUGUUUUGCCAGUAUAGAAGUAAAGUAGGUAUUCCGUGGUCAUAAUCCUAAAUUAAAUUUGAUGAUUCAUGCAGAAACCUUGUGAAACAUGCAAAUAUAAUUCAAACAUAAAAAAAUGUUCCACCCAA